AUCACAACCUCAGUGAUUGGAAUAUUGAGGUGAAAAACAAAAACCAAACAAAAAUGGCGGGCUAAGGCAAUUUUUCAUUCAAAAACAGAGUUUUCUGCUAGCGUCUGUGCGCAAAUGGAGAUCCGAGAGGAGGACACUGUACGGGCGAAUAUGGACUCGCUGCGAUUGAUCUCAGACAGAGAGAUACCGAUUCAGCAGCAGAGGAUGGGUACUCUGACGGCAUCGUUUCGGAAGUCCCUGGAAUCGAUCGGGGACAGGGCGCGAGAAACGGUACAAAGUCAAGGAAAACUGGGGCAGCUUAAAGAUAAGCUGAGAGAGGCGGAGGAUGAGAUGGUAAAAGCACUAGCAGUGAAGACCCGAAAAGAGGCCAUGCGGAUGGCAAAAAUGGAUGCUAUUGCUGCUCAGAAGGCAAGAGUAGAAGAACUUAAAAGAAGUGCGGAAGAGCAGAGGGCUAAGAGGGAUCAAUAUGCUGCAAUUAUAUCUCAACAAUAUCUAGCUCUGGCAGUAUCUGAAGAAAGGGGUAACGAAGAAGUUGAAUGUAAAGGUGAAACGCAAGAAGCAAUUUUGUGGUAUAAUAGAGUUCUUGGUUUCCAUGUUGAAGCUGGACAUGGGGUAAAAUUCACUUUCAAGAACAUUAAUUUGAAAAAUCCAAAUGAGGAGUACUCUUUCUCUAUUCGCUAUGCAUAUGAUACUUACACGUUGUUAGAUUGUGAUCCACAGUUGAAUGAAACUAAAGAGUUGAUCCACGAGUUGAACAAAACCAAUGGUUUAUUCAAAUUUGUCAGAAUCAUGAGAGAAAAGUUCCAAGAAGCUGUGGCUCAAGGAGUUUCACCUCAAUCAACACAAGAGUCUUCCAUGAUCUCUAUGUCUGCUCCGGUUUUUUCAGUAUCAACUGACAUAAGCGAAUCCCUUGUUGGGAAUAAUGACCAGCGAGUUCAAUACGGAGAAGACAAUAGACCUUCAAAGAAAGUACAUGCCAGAGGGAUGAACGCUACUGUCUUAUCUCCAGGAUCAGCAUCAUCUCUUCGGCGGUCCCCUCGUUUAAAGGUUAAGAAAUGAAGAUCGACGCUAUUUAUCACCUCAGAAUUGAUUCAACAUUUUCUUGAGGCUCUAACCUGCUCAGCUAGGCAUAAUUCAUGAUUCGGGUUGCUUCAUGAUUAACGUGUAAAGCACCACAAGUGUGUGCUGUUUAGAAACAGAUGACCAGCCUCACCAUGUUAUGUUUCAUGUAUAAAUAUCCAAAUUCGUUUUGGAAUGAAGUUCAGCUCGUAGAAUGUGAGAAUGAUAAUCGCAUAUUUCUGUAGUAUUGUACUUUUUUAAAAAAAUCUAA